AGCGAGAAAGAAAGACGAACUGAUCAGCAAUGGGAAGCUCAAGGGUGAGCACAGUUGUUGUUAUUGCAGUAGUGGUUUGUCUCUCCAUCCUCCUCAUAUCUCCUACAGAAGUAGAUGGGCGUUUAGUGUGUGACACCCCAGCGGGUACAUGUACCUCGAGCUCUACUUGCAAUGACCAAUGCAAUACAUGGGGCAGCAAUUAUAGUGGAGGCGAAUGCGCAGAUUCUAGUUUUCCUGGUUUAAAAGUGGAAGGAAGCUGUGACUUCCCAUUAGGUGCUUGUACUCCUUUCCGUGAUUGCAAGGAGAGUUGCAUCAAGUUCAAAACGAGGGCUGGUCAGACUUUUUUUGAUGGCAAGUGCCGUCCGAGGGAUAGGCCGAGCGUGUGGGCGGCUUGUUUCUGCUGCUAUUAUGAUAGUAUCGGUGCUCAAUAAGAAAACAUGUGAUUCCGAAACCAUAUAAUCGACAUCGCUUUGUUCUACUCUGCUUUGCUUUUGUUUGUUGUACUCUGCUUAAUCCAAUAACAGAGAUAACGUUUCGAAUAAAGGUUGGAUGUUUUG